AUGGCAAACGUACCUUAUUUAUUUUUUUGUUAGCAGUGGCUGAUGUGGGAUCGGACAGGAGGCUGUAACUAGAACUUGCCAAAAUGUGUGACAGGCUGGGGGCCGAGUUUUCGUUGGAAAAGAAACUGGGGUCAGGGGGUUUCGGCGUAGUACACCUCGGACGAGAGCGAAGAACCGGAAACAAGUAUGCCUUGAAGAUCCUAUCCCUCGGUAGAUCAGCCGAAGCUGAAAUAAAAGCACUUUGCCAGCUCCCAAGGAAUGAUAACGUCAUCAAAUACUCUCGACACAUUCUGCUGGAUAAUGAUCGCAUCUGCCUGGUCAUGGAGUACUGUCCAGGGGGUGACCUGAAUAAGUUCCUGCUGUCACACCCACCAGAACCAGUUCGUGAUCUCCAGUUCAUGAAGAACAUCGCAUCAGCUGUAGCCUUUCUUCAUACCAACAACGUCAUACACCGUGACCUCAAACCAGAUAACAUUUUACUGACAGCCGAUGGUACCCUGAAAAUUGCCGACUUCGGCCUGGCCAAACUUGCCUCGGACUCUCAACAUGGGGGCAGCCUUUACAACUACUACAUGGCAACUGCCUGUGGUCAAAUGUAUUUCAUGGCCCCUGAGGUGUUUGACGGACACUACACAGAGAAGUCUGACGUGUUCCAAAUGGGGGAAAUCUUUGUCUGCAUAUUGAAGCGAAAGCGUCUACCAGGAACACACAUGUUGGUGCCUUACUACACAGAAGGUGUGUUUCCGGAGCAAUUCAUUGGCCUUGGACAAGCACUUCAUAGAGGUUACUUGGCUCAAUUUAAGCUUUCUGGUGGGCACAAUUAUGAAAGAAGCCAGGUAAUCUGCGCUUUGAUCGAAAAAAUGCUACUGAAGGAUUAUCAUCGCCGUCCGACUGCGGCUCAAGUGGUGUCUGCCCUGAAUAAUUCCAACGAUUCCUUUGAGGUGGUCCCCGACGCUCUUUUGGAGUCUAGUUCAUUCGUCCCUUCCAAUGAGACGGGGAUAGCGAUUCGACCCCUGUUGGCUAACGGGGUCGGGAUCUCCCCCUUCGGAAUUCCAGUGGGCGCAGUUCCAGGUAUUGCGGCGCCGAUGGUCGGAUUCGGCCUCCCUGCUCCUGUUAUGCUGAUCCCUGGUUUCCCAGCAGUGAGCGGAGUACCAGUGAUGGCUGCUGGUGGACUUCUGGUUGAUAUGACCCUUUCUGGCCUUGGCUUUUCGAGACUGCACAAAGCGUAUUCCAAAAUGUCUGACAAGCUGAGGGCCGAGUUUUCCUUGAAAAAGAAACUGGGAGAGGGAGGCUUCGGCGUAGUUUACCUCGGCCGAGAGCGAGAAACUUCUGAAAGGUAUGCCCUGAAGAUCCUACCCCUUAGUAGAUCAGCCGUAACUGAAAUGACUGCACUCUGCCAGCUCAGAAGGCAUGAUAACAUCAUCAAAUACGCUCGACACAUCGUUCUGGGUGAUCAUCGCAUCUGCCUGGUCAUGGAGUACUGCCAAGGCGGUGACCUGAACACGUUCUUGCUGUCACACCCCCCAGAACCUUCCAGAGAUAGCCAGUUCAUGAAGAACAUCGCAUCAGCUGUGGCCUUUCUGCAUCAUUUUGGCAUCAUACAUCGUGAUUUGAAACCAGAUAACAUUUUACUGACAGCCGAUGGUACCCUGAAAAUUGCCGACUUCGGCCUGGCCAAACUCGCUUCAGACUCUCAACAUAAAGGCAGUCUGUAUGACUACUACAUGUCAACUGCAUGUGGCCAUAUGUACUUCUUGGCCCCUGAAGUGAUUACUGGACGUUACACGGAGAAAGCUGACGUAUUCCAGAUGGCAGAGAUAUUUGUCUGCCUAAUGAAACGAAAGUGUCUCCCAGAAACGAAGAUGUUAGUACCUUUUUACUUCGCAAAAAGUACCACUCCGAGGAAGUUCAUUGGCCUUGGACAAUCUCUACAUGAAGGUUACCUGAAACGUUAUAAACUUUCUGACAGGCCGAAUCUUCAAAUAAGCCAAGAGUUCCGUGCAUUGAUAGAAAGAAUGCUGCUGAUGGGUCACCACAGACGUCCGACAGCGGCUGAAGUGAAGGCCUCCCUGAAUAAUCUCGCUGAUCCCUAUAAGGUGGUUCGUGCCAGGGUUACCCACUCCAACGAAGGUGUUGAGCUUGUAGCAGCGAGUAUUGGCACGGGGAUUGCUGCAGGAGUUGUGGGAACAAGCCUAGGGGUCGCACUACUUGCUGCUGGUGUUGCGUUUGCUGCAGGGGGUCUAGUGCGAUGGUUGACUCCUGAUCCUCCGAGUCCAGACUACAAGGAUGUCGUGCAGUCGGUGGACUUCACAUAUUGGUUUCUGGUAGGUUGGUACUGGUACCGUUUUACUUCCCGUUCUCCAUCAUUGAUUUUUUUGCAAUAAUUAUCUUAGUAAUUUUAAGAAUAUUUACAAAUAGGUCAUUUGGGAG